AUGGCACAAGGGAGUAAAAUUGAAGUAAAGUCGGACUCGGAGACCGAGGAACAAGAAGCGAUGGCUUUUAUGCGCGAGCGGUAUUUAUAUUUAUUGUCGAAUUUGUGUGUGGCAGGUAUGGGGGAGUGUAAUGUUACCAUGUACGAAAACACGAAUGUGAAAUGCCACAUAAAAGCCGUCGAUUCGAAUUUCGGGAAUGUGAUUGUUGAGAAUUUAGUGACUCCGUUGCCUGUCCCCAUCAACAAAGCGAUUUUACGAACUAACGACAUUAUUUCGAUGGAAUUCACGUGCGAUUAUGCGAAAAUCAUGAACAAGUUUUGAUUAAGCUUGUCGUUUAUUUCUAUGUUUAUUAAUAAAUAAAAAUGAAAAUGUG